AUGACAUCGUAUAAAGAAGCCGCAUGUACAUAUGUUAAGCAUGUUGUCGUAACCAUCGUCUCGAGAAUGUCAGAAAAGGGAUUCAACCGAAAAAGAAGAGUUCCAAGAAAAAGAAAAAUGUAUGGAAACAUGGAAGUGCAUCAUAAAAGCAAACCAAAUGGAAUUGACGAGCGGGAAUGCAUUCUUAUUUAA